AGUUGUAGGGAAGGAAGGAAGGAAGGCAUUACAUUAAUUUUGUAGUUUGCAUUUUUACACAAUUUAAUGUAGUAUAUAUAAUUUAAGACAUUUGAGUGUCUAAUCUUAAUGUGACUGCUACUCCAAACCGACCGCUUAAAUUCAGUGACUAUCUGACUAGGCAUGCAGCUAUGGUAUGUGUAGUGGGGAGACAGAUGUUGGACGAUAAUAUGGUUGACCACGCCAAUCUGGCAUCUUGUUGUGUUGUGCAGUGUACAGCUAGACUGUGCCCUUGACUUCUGUGCAAAAAAAACAGAUUACCCUGUGCGAUGUUACUGUGCAUUAGGUCAUUAUUAUAGCAUACUUGGACUUUCUAAUGUAUUUUUCCAUUAAGAAUCCAUUCUGUUAUCAUGAUGCAUUAUUGGUAGCAUUUUGAAAAACUGUUGGAUUGGAUGUUUUAUGAGACUUUUUUUUCACACAGCUCUUUUAAUAUUCCUUUAAUACAUCUAGUCAGGAUACAAUUCCCCACAUCUGCACCUUGAUUAAAAAAAAUCAUCUUAUAAAACAUUAAAUCCAGCUUCUAGACUAAAAUUAAUUAAUUUGCGGAGAAUAUAUUUGCGGUUGAAAGGGGAAAUUUUAAAGUUUCACUGAGUCCUGUCUAAGUUUCUGCAUUCAAAUUAGGAGAAAAUCACUGUCUGAUGUAUUCAAGAAACUGUUUUGGAGAAAGCUGCAUAGUGUUUUGAAAGCUUCAUCUGUAAGGAUAUAUGGCAGGAGGGUGAUGAAGAAGAGUGCAGCAGGUAGUUCUAGCUUGCAUGCUAGUUCGCUUUCAUGUUAAACUGCAUGUUAAACUGCAGGAGAACAGCCAUUUCCAGCACUGUUUUGCUACUGAAACACACAAUUGCACAAUGUAGUUUUUGUUUCCACAGUACUUUUUUCUUGAUAAUGGUACACAUCAAACGUUGUUUUUUUCUUAUAAACAUGACUCUUGUCUUGUAAAGUGCAUUAAAUGGUAGUGAAAACCUGGAAAUUUGAAUGUACUAAUGCAAAUCUGACAACAUAUUUAAGGAACUUUUAAUCCACAAAUCCUUAAUUUUAACAGAUGAAAAAAGGGUUUGGAGAAAGCAUUUUGCAAGUUAACUUUAUUGUAUGGCUGUAUGUUUGAUCAGAGAAAAAUGCCAAAGCAAUUAAGAAAAACUAAUACAAUAUUUUACAUGGCAGACCUCUGUUUCGAUUCUGCAAUACAUGCAUUUUUCUCGUAAAGGUCUGUACAUUUAGCUGUGUGCACUGAUGGUAGAUUUAAAGACUCAAAGAGCUUGUUUUGAAAUAGACAAAGGAAACAGACUAGAAUUCUUACUCCUUUGAUAAUGUCAUUGGCAAUGCACAACCUCCUAGAGCAAUAUAUUUAAGCAUAUUUUAGAGGUAAAAAGAAAUUUAAUAUAUGUGCAACUGCCCUAGCAAAUAACCCAUAUUUUAGCUCGUGCUGAUCAAGGAGGAUAAAGGCAUUUUGAGAGGAAGGGUUUCCUCUCACUUUUGACAGAAGUGAAAAUUGGGCAUAAGUACACAAAGACAUUGCUGCAUUAUCAUUUUCAUCUAUUUCACAGUAGUAAAAGUUAAACUUAUUGUAACUUGUUAUACAGCAAUAAAAUCUGGGAAAAUAGUAGUGGGAAGCUAAGGUGCAAAACAUUAAAUCUGACUGAGCUUUUCCAUUGCAGAAAUACAUAAAUCGCCCUCAUCCAAUCCAGAUAUAAAAAAGGUGUGAUAAAGUAUUUGCCACUAAUUUUCCUAGUUUACAAUGGGUAACAAAUGAAAUAAAAAAUCUAUAAGUGGUUUCCAAACAUACACACUGUUCUUCUGUCACUUUUACUUUGAAAUAUGUUCAAGUAUAUGUUAGGAAGGAACAGUACAAUAUAAUGCCUGACUGUGGAGGAAGGCUUGUAAUGACCUUGAAGGCUCAUCAGUAUGUAGUCUUUUCACUUGUAAUUACAGGGGGCUUUCAAGACAGUGAAGGGGAAUAUAUUUUUUCUGCAUGGGCACCUACAUUGACACAUUCUCCCAUGCGAUUCUGUUUGAUGUGAAAAUGGCAGACUGCAUAAAUGUGUGUAUUAGUGUGAAAUUAAUUUCUCAUAUUUUCUGUUUAUGGACAAGCAUGAAUGUGCAUUCACGUAGAUUAAUGUAAUAAGUGCCCCUGCAAAUGAUCCUAGCAUGUAGAACUAGUAUUUAGUAGUUAGCUAGCUUCCUGUGUUCUUCAUUCAACAAGCAGUGAUUUACUUUGUUACGGUGUGACCUCAUCAUCUAGGCUCUACGAUACCCCACCUCCACCUCACAGCAAGAGCAGCCAGCUCACAUACACAUACAGAGAACAUACUCAUGGUCACACUGAGACACACAGAACAGAAUCGAAGGGGUCUACGCAGAGCUGGAGAGAAAGAGAGGGAGAGAAAGAGCGAGAGAGAAAGCGAAACAGACGAGGCGAAGGGGAGGGAGUGUGGAUCAUGCAUGUGCAUUAACUCAGCACAGCAGCAGCAGCAGCAGCAGCAGCAGCAACAGCAGCAACAAACAGAAACAGCAGCAGCACAGGAGGAAAAAAGAGAAAGAAAGACAGAGAGGGGGAACUGGAGGGAGGGUUGUAGUCUCAGGCACAAGAACAAUAGCUGCAGAGGACUGCUUUCCAUCUCCACUAAAAGAACAACGGAGGAGUAAUAGAAGGAGGAGGGGGUGGUCAUGAUAGUAAUGAGACAAUAACGGAAGAGAAGAGGCACACUGUAGUCAGUGAGGACUGAAACCAAGGCUCUUCUCUUCUCUGCUCUCCAUGUUUUUGGGGACUCAACGUUCCCUUGCCUUAUUCUCCAAACCCAGAGGAGGAUGUCUGUGUCAGGGAAGAAGGAAUUUGACGUGAAACAGAUCCUCAGGCUUCGCUGGCGCUGGUUCAGCCAUUCAUCCCAAGGUUCGGCUGGUGGAGGAGGCGGUGGGGUUGGUGGUGGAGGAGGUUACAUUCAGCAGGAUGGCCUGGACCACAGAGGAACGCCUGUCCAGGGACGACUGAAAAGUCACUCGCGGGAAAGAGGUGUUGGAGGUCUCCGGAAGACUAACAGCCCAGUCCACAGCAUCUUGGCACCAACGCCAGGCCCCACACCUGUCUAUGUCAGAGCAGGUCAUCAAUCAUGGCAUCAUCAGCAGAGCACCAUCCAAGGUUCCCAGGCCAGCGAAGAUUCUUCAAAGAACAGUUCUUCUCCCAGCACCACAAGGAAAGAUGACACAAACACUGGCCAAGAAGAUGUAAAGAGUUCCACAGAAGACCCUGCAGAGCUGGAGGCCAGAGAAAGGUUGGUUCUUAGCACCUUCUCCAGAAUGAAUACCAAUUCCUCAGAUGAGUUUUUCCAAGCCACAAACCAUGCGGAACAGACAUUCCGGAAAAUGGAGACCUACCUCCAGCACAAGCAACUGUGUGAUGUCCUCUUGAUAGCAGGGGACCACAAGAUACCGGCUCACAGACUGGUCUUAAGUGCUGUGUCGGACUACUUCGCUGCUAUGUUCACCAGUGACGUGAGAGAGGCGAAGCAGGAGGAGAUAAAGAUGGAGGGAGUGGAUCCAGAAGCCCUCAGAUCCCUGGUUCAUUUUGCCUACACUGGUGUCCUUGAGCUGAAAGAGGAGACCAUUGAGAGUUUACUGGCAGCAGCUUGUCUCCUCCAGCUUUCACAAGUCAUCCAGGUUUGCUGUAACUUUCUGAUGAAACAGCUUCAUCCCUCCAAUUGCCUGGGAAUCCGUUCCUUUGCAGAUGCCCAGGGCUGUGUGGACCUGCUUAAUGUGGCUCAUAACUACACCAUGGAACACUUCCUCGAGGUCAUUCAGAACCAGGAGUUCUUGCUGCUCCCCACAGCUGAAAUUGUUAAGCUGCUCUCCAGCGAUGACAUCAACGUUCCUGAUGAAGAGACGAUCUUCCAAGCUUUGAUGAUGUGGGUGAGGUAUGAUGUCCAGAAUCGACAACAGGACCUCGGGGUGCUUCUUGCUUACAUCCGCCUACCCCUACUUCCUCCACAGCUCCUUGCAGAUCUGGAAAACAACAAGAUGUUCUCUGACGAUCUGGAAUGUCAAAAGCUGCUAAUGGAAGCAAUGAAGUACCACCUUCUACCUGAAAGACGCCCAAUGUUUCAGAGCCCAAGAACAAAACCUAGGAAAUCCACUGUUGGUGCACUUUAUGCUGUCGGAGGAAUGGAUGCUACCAAGGGCUCUACCACCAUAGAGAAGUAUGACCUGCGAACAAACACUUGGGUCCAGGUUGGAGUCAUGAAUGGGCGCCGGCUGCAGUUUGGUGUGGCAGUGAUAGAUAACAAGCUGUACGUGGUUGGAGGUAGAGAUGGACUGAAGACAUCCAACAUGGUGGAGUGCUAUAAUCCUGUAACCAAAGUUUGGUCCACCAUGCCCCCAAUGUCAACACACAGACAUGGGCUUGGUAUUGCUGUGCUGGAGGGCCCCAUGUAUGCUGUAGGAGGCCAUGACGGCUGGAGCUAUCUCAACACGGUGGAGCGCUGGGACCCACAGGCCAGACAGUGGAACUACGUGGCCAGCAUGUCGACACCACGGAGCACCAUGGGAGUCACAGCACUUAAUGGAAAAUUAUUUGCAGUUGGUGGUCGAGAUGGAAGCUCUUGUCUUAGGUCGAUGGAGUGCUUUGAUCCACACACCAACAAGUGGAGCAUGUGUGCACCGAUGACCAAGAGACGAGGAGGAGUGGGUGUAGCAACAUACAACAACUUCCUGUACGCCGUGGGCGGACACGAUGCCCCUGCUUCCAACCACUGUUCUAGACUCUCCGAUUGUGUUGAGAGGUAUGACCCAAAGACGGACACCUGGACCACCGUGGCUCCCCUCAGUGUUCCCCGGGACGCGGUUGGUGUUUGCCUGCUGGGUGACAGGCUUUAUGCAGUGGGCGGAUAUGACGGCCAGUCGUAUUUGAACACUGUGGAGUCCUACGAUGCACAGAACAAUGAGUGGACUGAGGAGGUCCCUCUUAACAUUGGCAGGGCAGGCGCCUGUGUGGUGGUGGUGAAAUUGCCUUGAGCGUUUUGUCUCAAAACAGCAUGGGUAACAAAUGAGGGAGCAGCAAAGAAGAGUGGACAAACAAAACAACAGAUCAAGGACGCAUCCUUUGAGAGUCAUGCUUUUAUGUUUUCUUACUUUAACUCGCCUCUCCAGAAUUUUCAGAGGGAAACACAGACAGAGCCUUGCCCAUAAACCAGUGUUGCUAUCAUUAGUGGACAUGCCUGCCCACUGGGAAGGACUUGUUCAGAAACUGGAAUGCACUGCACAUUCUUCACAUUCUCGACCAAUCAAGAAUUUUCAUAGACUCGGCCAAGCUGCUGCGAAUCAGCGCCAGGCCUUUGUUGUACGGCUUUGUUAUACUAGUUUUAUGAAAAGUGACGUGAAUGUCUGCAAGAUUACAUUUAAAACUUACAGUCUGAACAAAUAAGCCAAACUCCAGGUUAGUUUACAUUUCUACGCAAACAUUUCAUACCAGUAUCAUCUCACACAAUAUAUUUUUGGGAUUAAAUCUUCAUUUAUAGCCACUCUAAUGAAAAUUGUUGUAACAAAUAGAAAUAACCGUACCAGUGUCUUUCCUCAUGGGUGGUCAGAAUCACUUCUGAAGCAUAGACCACUGUGAACACCGAGGGUUGAAGUAAAGCAAUGAAAUGAUUUUUUUUUUUCUGAAUAAAAUAUUUAGACAUUUUAUUGCUUUUAUUUUGCUUUUUUAAGCCUGUAGCUAAAAAACACCAAAGUCAUUUGCUUGUCUUAGAUGUCUUGUUACUAGUUACAUGUUCUAAAAGUUUACAAAUUUGUGAAUUACAGAAAAAUAUAUCAUAUUGAUAUUUCACAUUGCUGUACAGAUUUUUGUGAACUUUCUGAAAUGACAUUUGUGUUUAUAGGAUCAUGCCUAAACCAGUGCCCUCCGAUCACUACAGUCAUUGCUGUUCAUUUGGCUUCCUUCCUGGGCAUGCUAGCCGAGUGAAUGUUUCAUUUGAUUUAUAUAAUAUUAUAUAUGAAGAUCAUUACCGUCCUGUCUGUAUUUUUAAGGAUAUAAGACCUUCUGAGUUACAUAGAUCUUUUUUUUCAUCACAAACCCUUGCAGUGGAAUCAGGUGCAUCUAAACCAGCUAUGUGAAUCUAUGACAGCUUUUAUUCAACACGUUACCUGCAGCACUAGGAAACCUGAUUGCCACAGCACUUCACUAUUGCAAAUGUUUCGAAUUUUUACAUUUGUAGUUGGUAUAUCUGUUUAGAAAAACGAAACAUUACGACCUUCUUCAUAAUAAUUUGUAACUGUAAUUCGAACACGUUUUGGGGCCAAAUGCUAAUGUUUUUAUCAUAAUUUUGUACAGCAUGAGAACCCAUAAAUAAACUGACUUCAGUCUUCUCUG